UGGCGGGCCGGGAGCGGGGAGAGGAGUAGCGCUGUCCCGGCCGCCUCGGGGCUGAGGGAGGCGGGGGCUGGGCGCCGCGGGGGAAAGGUACGAGCUGAAGGGAGCUGAACUGAGGGAGGCUGGGCGCGCUUUCUCGCGUUGCGCUCCUUUUGUCAAGGACUUCAAGUCGGUAUCUGUCAGAGAUCACUUAACUCGAACCUCUUCAGCCACUCAAACCCUCAAGUAAGAGCUGCAGCCCCGCGUCAGCAGAGCAGCAGUAACGGUGGUGGUACCUGGGCUGUGGGCCUCCGCAGCUCACGUCUUUCCGGGAAUUGAUGGAACUUGCAUCCGAAGCUUUAGCUGAGCUGUGAUGACGGUCAGCUCAGCCGUGCACGCUGUCACAACCUGCAGGAGAAGGAAAGGCUUAGGUUAGGGACUUGACCCAAAGCCAUAAUGACAGUGGACACAACAUUAAACAGCGGAAUUAAAAAAAGUAAGAAACAACGUUAUUAGAACAAAUGUGGAUUAGGGACACCUCUGCUGUCUGGUGGUACUCCUGCACAGCUCUGAACAAGUUAUCCAACGAUUUCACUUUAGCACACCCGAGUUAUUACGACAUCCUCACCUUAGCUUUUGUGGCUUUGUGUUCCAAGCAACAGAGUAACUAGUUUUGUAAAAUGAAACAAGAUUUCUUUUUCCAGGUGUAACAAGGAUACACAGUAGCCACUACUGAACAGGCCAGUGUCUUGAGGUAUCUGCAUUUUCUUCCUACCCUGCCACGGACUACUUCUUUGGUGAAGUGGGAUCAAUGGGUGUGUAUGACUUUUCGCCUCAUCUAAAGCGGUUCCAUGUCUUGUUUGGACUGUUCCUGUAUUCUACGUACACCAGUUGAGUCAAUCCAACCAGAAAAGCAAUCCCAGAGCAGCAGCCAUGAAUCCCUGGCUGAUUCUGAGCUAGCCUGGAUUCCCCCAUCUAAAGGAGGGAAUGAAAUGAUAUUUUGCUCUUCCAAUGUCUCUCACUAUGAACUCCAGGUGGAAAUAGGAAGGAGAUUCAACAACUUAACUUCAAUCUACCUUGCACGGCAUACCCCUACAGGCACACAAGUUGCCGUAAGGAUCACAGACCUAGAAAGCUGCUCAGAAGAGCAUUUGAAAGCCUUACAGAAUGAGGUGGUUUUAUCCCACUUUUUCCAGCAUCCCAACAUAAUGACGCUUUGGACAGUGUUUACAGCUGGUAGUUGGCUUUGGGUCAUUUCUCCAUUCAUGGCCUAUGGUUCUGCUAGACACCUGCUGAAGACUUACUUUCCUGAAGGAAUGAGUGAAGCUUUGAUAGGGAACAUUCUGUUUGGUGCAAUCAGAGGAUUAAAUUACAUGCACCAGAAUGGCUACAUUCACAGGAAUAUUAAAGCUAGCCACAUUCUGAUUUCAGGGGAUGGACUGGUUUAUCUCUCUGGCUUAAACAACCUCUACAGUUUAGUUAACAAUGGACAAAAGUCAAAGGUGGUGUAUGACUUCCCUCAGUUUAGUACAUCUGUACUUCCUUGGCUGAGCCCUGAACUACUGAGACAGGAUUUGUCUGGGUAUAAUAUGAAGUCUGACAUCUACAGCGUGGGAAUAACAGCAUGUGAAUUAGCCAAUGGACACGUUCCAUUUCAAGAUAUGCCGCGCACUCAGAUGCUGCUGCAGAAGCUGAAAGGUCCCACAUACUAUCCUUGGGAUAUAAAUGCCUUCCCCCAUGGGGAAUCCAGAAUGAAGAAUUCCCAAUCAGGUGUUGAUUCUGGAAUUAGUGAGAGUAUGACACGCACAAUGACGAGUGAAAGACUACAAAAUCCUGCUUCCAAAACAUUUUCCCCUGCAUUCUACAACUUGGUAGAACUUUGCUUGCAGCAGGACCCUGAGAAAAGGCCAUCAGCAAGCAGUUUGCUUUCUCAUACAUUCUUCAAACAGGUAAAAGAACAAACCCAGAACUCGCUACUGUCCCUAUUACCGCCCCCUGUUCAAAACAGCAGAUCAGAGUUCUUGACGCUGCCCUCGGCAGCAGCUGAGGCUGAAGUUGGAUGUAUUACUGCAACUCAACACGAUAUAGACUGGGAAUUCUAAGUAGAUACCAAACAAUCAUACCUCUCCUGUGCUUCAAAGAAGGAAAAUGUGAUUUCUACUUGCUGCUUUAGUUUGUACGGUUAAAAUACAGUUAGAAGUGGUAUACUUGAAAAUGCAGUUAAAGUGGCCAUAUUUCAUUAACUUCAUCAUACGUUUGUAUCAGGAAGUGCAGUAUGCCUCGUUUUUUUCAGAUCACCAGCAAAACUGCAUGUAGGGAACAGGGAAUUCUUAUCUCCCUCUUUUGAAAUAUUUCUUAACAAACGUGAGGGUUCCUGCUGUAUUUUUACUUUACACUGCACUUUUUAGCUCAUAUUACUGCAGUCCAAGUGCCUUUCUGAAUUCAGGCUUUGUCUUUCAUCUAAAGUUUAUCUUCAAUAAUCUGUUUAUCUUUCAUUGUCGCCUAAGUUAUCUUAGUGAGGAGGAAUCUUCCAUUUUCAAGCCUAAAUUUGAAACUGCAGAAAUGAGUUUCUUAUACAAAUAAUGUUUCUCUCUCCUGCCUCUCAAAAGGUGUGCUGUCCAGUUGACAUGCUGUCAGUGUUUGCCCUGAAUUAGCUAUCCAUCAAGUCUUUCCUGCAGUUGCAAUACUGCGUGUUGACCAAAGAAGCUGGUUGAAAAUGCUCUUGCAUUUGUCUGCAUUCUUAAUACAGAUUUGUGCUUUUGCAACUCCAUUUACUGUUGCAUCAUCUUCACAAGCAAUUUGAGAACCUCUUACAACGUAAAGAAAGUCUUAAGUUAUAACAUAUGGGUUAAUUUUGAAGACCCGUUAAACGACCUGAAGUCCCUGUGUGUGUUUUUGUUUAUGCUGUGUACCUGUCCACCACCAAGAAUUAUCUGAACCUAAGAUUGUUUUCUCAAAAGAAAUUACAAAACACAUUAAGCUUCACCAGUGUUGCUGCUUGCAAACAUCUUCUGCAGUUGGAUUCCCAUGGUUCGAUUCAGCCAGGGCACGAAUUCACAAGAAUCCGAGAGGUUUUAUUGUCUCUUCCCUGAUGAAAAACCACCCUUGUGCCCACAAAAUCACUAACUUCUCAUCUCCCACACUAUACCAAGCAGCUCAAGCUAAACAAAAGCAGCAUUUUUUUUUAAUAAAAAAAAAAUUAAACCCGCAACCUCAUCAUGUUUUAGAAAAAGCUGUGUCCCAAGCCACUACUACUUGCUGAUGGAUGUUCUGACAAUAGAUAAUUAGAUAGCGAACAGUGAAAAUAGAUAGCAAAUGGAUAUAUCUCAGUUUUUCAACGCAUGGAAAUUCCACUGUGAAGUGCUCAAAUCUGCAACCAGCCCUGCAAAUAGUACUGCUUUGCCAGCAGCUUCUCUUCAAAGCCUUGAAUGCUGAAUGACUGGAAGGCACAACCAAUUCUAAAUAAUCACACUGAAGCAUUAACAAAAUACUUGACACUACUCGUUAUGCUGUGAAGGGAACUCAUAGUUCAAAACAUAAUAGGUAAAAGUAAGCUUAAGAGCCUCUCAAUAAACUUGCCCUGUCUGCCUCCAUGUAUUUCUGUAAUUGUUGUACUUCUGUUUUCACCACAAUUCAAUCAUACUAACAGCUUCUUGGUACUGCAAGAAAUGUUUCAGAUUUACGUCAGUCAUUAGUUAAGAAAAUAGUUGUCUAAACUACUAAGUUACUCUUGUUAAUCUUACAAAUAUUAGCUUGUGGGCUCUUCAGAGAAGACAUUAGUCUCGCACAAACCCCAUAAGGUUCUUGAUGCCUAACCACUGCAAAUCUUGAUUGUUUUAAAACAAACUAUGUAGCACCUACAAGUAUUUUUGUUUAAGUAACUGUAUAUGUAAACCCCAAGUCAAAUAAGUGAAAAUAGAUAUGAAAUUGCACAUACUCAAAUUAGAGAUGUCUGAAGGAACAUUAGCUCACUGUUGUUUGCUUGUUUUUAAGAAAGCCCGAUGCCAAACAUUUCAGGUAGCUGAAGUGCUCGUGUUUGUAAGCUGCAUUUAAAAGAACAGUACUCCGUACUCUCUGUAAAAAUGAACUUGAGUACUAAUAACAAAGUGAACUAAAGUAUAGACUGACUUAAACAGCUAAAUAUUCCAGUGGAGUUCCUAUGCUGCUAUCCAUCUCUUUCCAUAGAAAAAAUAAAAUUGUUUUUUUCCAAGCACUGGUCCAGUUCAUGUAGUGACAUAAAUUGUAAAACCACAUUUUGUUUUCUUAAAAAGCUCAUGAAUCCUCCUGGUUAGAAUGGCUGAAUUUUCAAAAAUGUUUUCAAACAAAAGCCAUUAAGAGGCACUGUGACUUCUUGAGAUUAUUAAAAUAACCAGAAAUAUUUGGUACUAGCCUCUGGAUUAACUUCACAGAGAGAUUUGUUGCAGUUCUGCUCAUUAACUGGGAUACUUUCUUCUAAGGAAUAAUGUAAAAUGUGUUUACACAAAAAUGUGCAUCAGUUAACACAGAAAACGUGUAACCAUCGUACUGUUGAAGAGGUUUCAACUGCAUGGCAUUGAAAAGAAGUUCUUGGAAAUUAAGGUAUAUUCUACUGAAAAUUAGAUACAGUGCUAUGAAGAGGUUCUGCAUACAAUUUGUGUUCUCAAAAUCUGACAUACAUGAUCUGCAUUGUUAAAAUGCAGGCUGAUGGACUUCCUAUUCCAAGCUGACACGCUGGCAAGCACAAUUAACCUUUAACUUCUCAGAACAUCCAUGUAUUAACCCUUACUCAUCCCAAUUAUAUGUUAUUAGCAUGUGAACUAGUGCUGAAGUCAGACUUAAAAUUUUCAAAGGAUCCUGCAUUUAAGCUCAAUGUGAGACACUGUAGAAAUUUUCAUACGUUUGCAAAAUGUUCUCAUGCCCCACGAAACAGAAAUUAAUAGAUGGGCUGCUUCUGCAAUUUUGACAGUUGUAGAAAUAGAACACAAGGUGGAUUGGGGUUUUUGUUUUUUGUUUUUGUUUUUUGCUGCCAUCUUUCUCUUAUUUAGCAUUUAACACUAUGUCAUGUAAUUAAAGACUUCUCUAAUUAAUUACUAAUGUAAUUAAAAAAGAAAACUUCUGUUAAGCAACAUCAUCCUGAAUAUAUCUGUGCUAUUGUGUUUCCUACUGUGUUGGUCUAAUGACAGAUGGAGCAGUUUGUGAAUGUCUGAAUGGAAGAACAUAGGAUAAAAAUGUGAUUUAGUCACAAUAAACUUGAUUUUCUAUAGAAAGUACUUCAAUAAAUAUCCAUUGGAGAAA